ACAGGAGCCGGUUCUCCUUCAACUACGAUGGUUCCUGUGGAGUGGUGCGUAGGGCAAUCAAAAGGUACCGUGAUCAAGUGUUGUUUGCUAAUUGUAACAGCGGCAGCAUUGUUGGAGCUAGAAGCCCAAGUCAGCGCAUCAGGGCUAAGAAACCACAGCCACAUCAUCGCAACCAGACACCCCUUCUCGACGUCAUGGCAGUCACGGUAUUCGACGAAUGCGAGGACGUGCCGCAGAGUGAAAUGACCGAAGAUUACAGGCUUGUCGUUUCAGCCGGAUCCAACUCGUUUAUCGCGGCUUCAACUGUGUGGGGAGCACUGAGGGCACUGGAAACCUUCAGUCAGCUUCUUUACUCGCCGAAUGGGAAUGCGUGGCUAGUGAACGAGACAGAGAUACACGACGAGCCCAGAUUUUCUCAUCGAGGUCUGCUGAUUGACACGUCGCGUCAUUUUCUACCGCUGCGAUCCAUCAUGGACACCUUGGACGCUAUGACCUACAACAAGAUGAACGUUCUUCACUGGCACAUCGUGGAUGACCAAUCAUUUCCCUUCGUAAGCAAGACGUUCCCCAAUAUGAGCGAGAAGGGUGCGUUCGACCCAGACACCCACGUGUACAUGCCAGAACAUGUGCAGUACGUCAUCAGCGAGGCCGCUGCCAGGGGCAUCCGCGUCAUGGUGGAGUUUGACACACCGGGUCACACGCGUUCCUGGGGCGAAGCGUUUCCUGGUAUCCUGACGACAUGUUACAAAGGUUCGAAGCCCAGCGGUGAGCUUGGACCUAUCGAUCCCACGAAGAACUCGACGUACGCUUUCCUGAAGCAGCUCUUCACAGAAGUGGCAGGCGUGUUCCCGGAUGGAUACAUUCACCUGGGAGGUGACGAAGUCGACUUUUACUGCUGGAAAUCCAAUCCUAACAUCAAGCGCUUCAUGCGCCAGAACGGCAUUGCUGGCAAGUACAAGAAGCUAGAAGACUUCUACGUCCAAAGGCUGCUGCGACUUGUUCAGGGUGUAGGGAAAAGCUACGUUGUGUGGCAAGAAGUAUUUGACCACAAGGUUAAGAUAGCCCCGGACACAGUGGUACAAGUCUGGUUGGAUAAGCAGGAGAAAGAGUUGGAGGCUGUAACAGCGGCGGGCUUCCACGCACUGUUGUCUAGCUGCUGGUACCUGGAUUAUAUUGACUAUGGCAGUGAUUGGAAGCAGUACUACGACUGCGACCCACACAAUUUCACAGGCACGGACACACAGAAGUCGUUGGUUCUUGGUGGUGAAGCCUGCAUAUGGGCAGAGUUUGUGGACGCCACUAAUCUCAUCAGCCGCACAUGGCCGCGGGCUUGCGCAGCUGCUGAACGACUUUGGAGUGCCGCCUCAGUGAACAACGCCACUGAAGCAGCUGCCAGGUUUGAAGAACAGCGCUGCAGAAUGCUCAGACGCGGCCUUAGAGUCGAGCCCGAGAAUGGACCUGGCUAUUGUGAAUGUGACAGCGCCUUCUGAAAGAAACUCUUUCUGGAAGCCAUUAGAGUUGAUGUUUGUGGGUGCAACCAAAAAAUUGCAAAGUUCAUGCGUUUUAGUUUAGGAGAAAAGCAAAUGUCCUGGUCAACAUAGUGAUCGGAUACUUUUGAUUAAGUAAUGACUAUCGGACCUAGUAAGAUUGUGUACAAUGUGGCAUGUAAGUAUA